AUGACUUGGAAGAGUAGAGGAGAGGUUGUUCUUGUUCCUAGAACCUUCAUGUCUCAGAAAUGGAUGAUUUUCUUAUGUAUUGGAAGCUUCUGUGCUGGAAUGUUUUUCACCAACAGAAUGUGGACUAUUCCUGAACCUAAAGGACUUGCAAGGACAACAGCAAUGGAAGCUGAACAAUUAAGUUUAGUUUCAGAGGGUUGUAAUUCAAGAAUUUUGCAAGAGAAGGAAGUGAAGCGUGAAAUUAAAGGCGAUUUUAAAACACAAAAAUCUAUACAAAAUUUGGACAAGACGAUUUCGAAUUUGGAAAUGGAACUAGCUUCUGCUAGAGCAACACAAGAGUCUCUAAAAAGUGGUGCUCCUGUAUCUGAAGAUUUCAAGAUUAAUGAAUCGACUCGUAAAAGAAGAUACUUAAUGGUUAUAGGAAUUAACACUGCUUUUAGCAGCAGAAAAAGAAGAGACUCGAUUCGCGCUACUUGGAUGCCACAAGGUGAGAAAAGAAAGAAACUAGAAGAAGAGAAGGGAAUUAUUAUCCGAUUCGUGAUUGGACACGGUGCCACAACAGGAGGUAUCCUAGAUAGAGCUAUUGAAGCAGAAGAUAGUAAGCAUGGAGACUUUUUGAGACUGGAUCAUGUUGAAGGAUACCUUGAAUUAUCAGCAAAGACAAAAACCUACUUUGCGACGGCUGUUAAUUUGUGGGAUGCUGACUUUUAUAUCAAAGUUGAUGAUGAUGUUCAUGUAAAUAUAGCAACACUGGGCGAAACUCUAGUUAGACAUCGAGCAAAACCGCGAGUAUACAUUGGAUGCAUGAAAUCUGGACCUGUUCUUUCUCAAAAAGGAGUAAGGUACCAUGAGCCAGAAUACUGGAAAUUCGGCGAGACAGGAAACAAGUACUUUCGUCACGCAACAGGACAAUUAUACGCAGUUUCAAAAGAUCUCGCUACAUAUAUUUCAACAAACAAAAAUGUUCUUCAUAAGUACGCAAAUGAAGAUGUUUCGUUAGGAGCUUGGUUUAUUGGACUCGAUGUUGACCACAUCGAUGAUCGUAGACUAUGUUGCGGUACACCACCAGAUUGUGAAUGGAAGGCACAAGCAGGGAACGUUUGUGUUGCCUCAUUUGAUUGGACAUGCAGUGGAAUCUGUAGGUCUCAUGAAAGGAUUAAAGAAGUCCACAAAAAAUGUGGAGAAGGUGAAAAGGCUUUGUGGAAUGCUUCUUUCUAG